UUGAGAUACAAAAUCAUUGAGACGAUCCGAACACUCGACCGAAGAACUAUUUCAAAUCGUUACAGGAAACGAAAAAAAAAGACGAUUGAAAUGGGAAAGAAAAUUCCUCUUACUGCGAUAUUUGUUUGUGCAAUUUUGCUUCUUUGUUUCAUGUACGUUGAAGCGCGUGAUGUUUCUGAAUUAAUAAACAGUCAUUCAUGUCAAGUUUCAAAAUUACGGGAAGACAAUAAAGGAUUCGUUCCGAUGGAAAUACAAUUGGUCCGCUGUAAUAAUGUAUACCCUUUGUGGUUCGUUCAAGCAAAAUGUGAUCUAUGCAAAAACCCUGUCAAUGGCAAUUCCCUCGAUUAUUUCUCGUAUAAACCUGAAGAAGUCAAAAUUGCCAGGAAUUUCUAUGUUCUAAUCGGCGGCCAAUACACGGAGUCAAGAUACAGUGUACCAAUAUCGUGCAGAUGUGUGAAAUUCUAAAGUUCCCAAGUCCACGGAAUAGAGGCUAUACUUUAUGGAUUGAACAAACAAUAUCAAAACAAAUUCUAUUGUAUUUUGCAUUUGAUUUAUGAAUUGAAUUGGCAUCCUAAAUUUUGUGUUUUUAUCAUUCUAAUGAUUGUAAUAGUUUUAAUUAAGAAUUUAAUCACAUUGAGUAUCACAAAUAUUGAUAAAUGUGAUUAGAACUUUUUGGAGACGUAAAUUGCUCGAUAAUCUUUCCUGUGAGGUUAAGUUCUUAAUUAACAGAGAAUAUUCUCUUCGUAUCGAUACAUGGCUAAAAUAGAUCUAAACUGGAUUACUAUACUAAACUUACAUCUACAUAGUUGCAAAAUUUAGUAUUCGAAAUUUAUUUAAUUUCCAUUUAUU